AUGAUGAUCAACCUACCAAUUAUUUUUCAAGUUUUGACUGUUAUUUUCGGAAUUAUUGCCUCCAGUUAUGCGGAAACAGCUCCAUCCCUCAACGAGAUCAAAAACCUCAAAAACACCGACCUCGACGAGAUCUUCGGGUCCACCAUGACGAAAUCCCCGCCUCCAGAUUUGCCGGAUAUGGGUCCGAUGGGUGGAGUCGGGGGACCUGAUCCAAUGGGAAGAUUCAAUCGAGGACCAAGUGGUCCACGCGAGAUUCCUAUUAAUCAUGGACAUGCGUUGAGUCCCCAACCUGCACCUGGACUACAGGGACAAGGUAAUGGAGGAGAGUUCCAGUCGUUAGCUGCACAAGGAGCGAAUGUGUUUGCAACAGGAGCCACCGCGUUCUAUAGAGGUGCCGCCACAGUCGGUGAAGCAUUUGGUAUUCCCACUGGCAACUAUCAAGUUCCACUCUUCAACCAGGCCGCAUCACUUUUCGGACGAUAA